AUGCCCUCCGCUACGGCAUCAGGCUCCGAUGCCAAGGGUGGCGCGAACUCGCGCGACCACAACCAGGGCAACCAGAAUCGCAAUUAUACCCCAGAUCAAAAGGCGGCAGUGUUGCGGAUCCGCAAAUGUCAGGCGACGGCAUUCUAUGAGAUCCUAGCGGUCGAGCGCUCCUCCACGGAUAAUGAGAUUAAGAAGGCCUAUCGCAAACAGAGUUUGUUGACGCACCCUGAUAAGAACGGUUAUGAUGGCGCCGACGAGGCGUUCAAAAUGGUCUCCCGUGCGUUCCAGAUUCUGUCCGACGAGGACAAGAAAUCUCGCUAUGACAAGUUCGGCGGCGACCCUGAUAGCAGAUUCCAGCCCGGACCUAGUGCGCCGAGCGGCGGAUCUCCAUUCAGCGGAUUUGGAGGCGGUGGUGGAUUCCCGCGUGGUGGAGGACCUGGCUUCGACGAGGAGAUCUCACCAGAAGAACUGUUCAACCGAUUCUUCAAUGGAGGAUUCAGCGGCAUGGGCGGUGGAUUCGGUGGCCCCCAAUUCGUCUUCAACAUGGGCGGAGGCCCAGGAUUCCGCGUCCAUCAAUUCGGCGGCGGCGCACCACGUCGCAGACCUCGCACAGCAGCAGCAGGAGAACAAGAAGCCCAGGUGGAUGGGCGCAAUUUCCUGCGCCAACUUCUCCCACUUAUCAUCCUCUUCAUCCUUCCUCUACUCUCUUCUCUCUUCUCCGGCUCCUCGACUCCAUCAGGCCCCACGUACCGCUUCGACACGCCCGUUUCUCCGCAUACCCUUGGCCGCACAACCCCCAAGUUAAACCUGAAUUACUUUGUCAACCCGCUCGACGUCGAUAACUUUAGUGCGCGCAAUUUCCGCGAACUGGACUCGCGCGUUGAGGUGGAUUAUGUACGGACGCUGCGCAAUGGAUGUGAUGCCGAGGCCAUGGAGCGGGAUCGACGGUUGCAGGAUGCGCAGGGGUGGAUUUUCCCCGAUGUUGAGAAGAUGAAGGCUGCGAGGGCUAUGGAGAUGCCUAGUUGUAAGAAACUGGAGAAGUUGAGAGGAAAAAUUAGGCUUUGA